UCGUCAGCAUAAAUAUUAAAUGUCAGAAAUGUUUGACUUUUGUUAUCAGAGGCUGUGAGUAAUGUAAAUAUAGAUUAAUAUAUUCCAACUCAUUUUCGUGCUGUGCUACAAGAUAGUAAGUUAGGAAUUAUGACUAGUGAGAGGAUGCAAAAGAGUCUUAAAUUCAUCGAAGGUGAAUUGACCAAUCUGAUUUUGGCUAAAAAUGCCGAAUUCUCAGAUUGCAGUCUCAUUGAGAGCAAGGCAUCAACAUCACCGCAACUUGAUGGAUUUAUGGCAACUAUCUUCAAAUUAAAUAUCACCGUGCAAAGCCAUAAGUCACAUGAGAAGAUAAGUUGUGAUUUGAUUGUGAAGCUGAUGAAGGGAUCAGAAGAUUUUCGUACAAGGACCAAGUCCUUUACACAAUUUGGAAAUGAAGUUUAUAUCUAUGGAAAGGUCAUUCCAGCUUUUGCUGCUUUUCUGAAGGAUAAAAAUUUGUCCAUUGAAUGGGAAAAAUGGGCACCAAAGGUGUACUAUAACUUCUAUGGAAAAGUACCAGCUCUGAGUAACAUUCCGGAAUCUGUUCUAGUUCUGGAGAAUAUCUCUCCAUUGGGAUUUAGAAAUCCCACAUCUCGCCUUGAACAAGAUCUGGAUCAUCUAUUUUUCAUGCUGAAAGCCAUUGGGGAGUACCAUGCACUUAGUUAUGCUAUGAGAAUAUCUGAUGAAGAUCAAUUUAAGAAAUUGGUUGAUGGAAUAGUUCCUCUUUGUUAUCAAGAUCAUAAUAAUGAAGAUAAUCUCUAUGAUAUCUUACAUAAGAUUGGACUAGUUCGUCUUUUUGAAUAUCUAGAUAGACGGAGUGAUGUCUAUGUGGGAAGAGUGAAGGAUGAACUUGAGAGUUUGAGAAGAAAGUAUCUGAAUUGCCCUACGAAAAUGCUAGAUCUUCUUCGUGCAGAUGACUAUCCCUAUUCAGUAAUUCAGCAUGGAGACUACAAUCGGAAUAAUGUCCUUUUUAAGUACGACGAUGGUGGUUCAAAGAAACCAAUUGAUAUGAGGAUGAUCGAUUUUCAGGAAGUCAGAUAUGGAUCUCCCGCUUUCGAUUUGUCCUUUUUUCUCUUCAUGAACACCACAGCAACUACAAGGGAUCAACAUUGGGAGGAACUUCUUCAUUACUAUCACGAUACUCUCUUUAAGUGCCUUAUGGAUAUUCUAAAAUGCGAUGAAGAUGAUGAGAGGCUGAAAGCAUACAAAUAUGAACCUUUCCAUCAGCAUUUCUCUCGUUUCGCAAUCUAUGGAGUAUUUAUCUGUGCACACUUCCUUCCCUGGAUGGAUUGUACCGAGGAGGAGUGUGAACAGUUGGCUCAUCAUUUUGAAACAAAUAUGAAGACACAGGAGUUCUGGGAUAUUUCAAUGUCCGCAGGUGGAGAUGGAUCCAAUGAAAAGAUUUUCAGUGUAGUCAAGCACGCCAGUAAAAUGGGAUACUUAAAGUUUUUGCUCGACGAAUAAGUGGCAGAAAAAUGGGAAUCAAUCAAGUGCCUGGGACAGGUGUUGUCCACAAUAAAUCACAAACUGAGGAAAUGUUCAUAUCUCAAUUAAUUCAUUUUGAUAUAAUUUCUAGCUUUGGCUUUUUUACACGUUCUUCAAAAAUCGGAUUUAGUUUCUUCUUGCCUGUUGGAGGAGUUAGUUGUGAGUGAAAUUGUGGAUUAUGAUGAAGAAACGGAGCAAUUCGAAGGGAAAAAGAAUUUAUCUAGAUCCCGAUGCUGAGAGCUUGAAAUACAGAAAUAAAUCUCUCUGGAAAUUGGUAA